CGCACAUUGCUGCCCCAAAACGGUGAGCAGCCACGGUGUGUUGCGGUGAUCGGAUCACCGCACGCACCGUCGUUCGUGGUCGCACGUCGCACGUCGGCUGCCUCGUCGGUGGUCAGGCGUCGCGUGCGUCGGGCUGCCACAGCGGGCUGCAGCGCUAGCUUGUUAGGAGCGGCGCUGCCAACAACAACAGUAACUCGUCGCUAGGAGCGGCGCCGCCGAGCGACAACAACCAUGCCCUUCGGCUUCAAUGCACCCAAAUUACCCUUCGGCGGCAAGGACGAGGCGAAGGCCGCGCCGCCGCCGCCGACGCCAAUCACAGACGGGCCGCCCUGGGAGUCCGGACGAUUAAGUGUGGAAGUGCUCGGCGCGCGCGGCUUGAGGGCCGCGGACAAGUCGGGCACGAGCGAUCCUUUUGUGUGUGUCCAGCUCGUGAGCAAUGGCAAGGCCCUCCCGAAGCCGCACGACAAGGCUCGUAAAACAAGGACCAUAAAGAAGACGUUGGCGCCGCGCUAUAAAGAUGAAAAUUUUGUGUUCGACGACGUGCCUUUGCAAACAUUGCGCUUCCAGGUUUAUGAUUGGAACGCGGGCCUGAUGGGCAUGGGCAGCGGCAAGGCCAAGCCCCUCGGCGAAGUAAGUGUCGAUUUAGCGGCGCGGUGGGCGGCGCAGCCCGACGCGGGCCCGGACGGGAGAGGUGUUGCCGAGUGGCUGAAGCUAGAUGCAUUAGAAGGCCAGCAAGGCGCCGGCGAGGUCGAGGUCAAGAUCCUGUUGACGGCCGGCACGGGCGACGCGCAAGCCGACGCGGCCAAGGCCGCCGACAGCGCCAGAUGGUUCGUCGAUGACCAGGAACCGGAGCAGGGCGAGCCGAACGUGCUGCACGUGGCCGUCGUCCGGGCCCGCGGUUUGAAAGCUGCCGAUAAAUCCUUGAUGGGUACGUCCAGCAGUGACCCCUUCGUUACCCUCCAGUUCGGAGACAAGAAGGAAAAGACCGAGGUAGUUAAAAAGUCUCUAGCACCGAUCUGGAUGAAGAUGGUCGAGCUCCCGGUACCAGUCACAAAAGAGAAGAAGCCUCUACCGUCGCUCGACGUGCUCGUGGAGGACCACGACACUUUAUCUUCAGACUUCCUGGGCAAGGUGACCAUCUCGCCCGCUUCUAUUCCUACAUUAGAAGCAGAUGGCGCGGCGCCGCCGACGUGGUUUCCGCUGUGCAACAAAGACGGCUCGCCCGCGGCGGAUCGAGGCCAGAUACAGUUAGCCCUGAAGAUGGUCUACGACCCCCAGUACGACCCGUCCGAGGACCGGCCCUUCUUCACUGAAGAGGUUUCUGAGACGGACAAGCCGCCGAACGAGUUACGAAUAGCCAUCGCACGAGCGCGAGACUUAAAAGCGAUGGACGCCGCCGUACCAUUUAGUUCGAAGGGCAAGACGUCGGAUCCCUACGUGAAAGUGAAGCUCGAGGGCUUCUCGGACAAAAAAACGAAGACGCGGAUGAAGACGCUGGCGCCCGUCUGGAACGACUCUUCCUUCACCUUUGAUUUAGUAGCGGGCCAGAAAGGUACAAGUACGGAAUCCCAGCCCAAGGAAGUCGAGCUCGAGGUCAUGGACUACGAUUUGGUCGGCAGCGACGACUUCCUCGGUGCGGUCCCGCGUCCGACGUUGUCCCGGUGACUGCGCCUGCUCGAUGGCGUGGAUUCUACGCCGUCGACGCGACGUUGUCCCUGUGACUACGUCAGCUCGAUGGCGUGGAGGUCGACGAAGGCCAACCUAACUCACUGGUUGAUUUCCGCACAGGCCUCGUCGUGCUGAAGCUCGAUGAGUUACUCGAAGCGAAGCAUAAACCGGUGAGCAAGUGGUACCCGUUGGGCGAGAAGACCCAAAGAAGUGGAGGCGACGGCAGUCGCGGCAGCUUGCAGGUUAUCGCGCAGUGGCGCUACAACAAAGAUCUAGAUUUUGAGCCCUUUUCCGUGCCACCUCGGCGUGAUUUCCAACCUUUUCCGGACCUCAAGUUGCGUCGAUGGCGUCUUCAUGAGACCACACCGCCUCGACGCCGUCGAUGCGGCCGGAAGGAGAGCCUACGCGGCGGCGUCGCGACAAAUCUUAUGAACCACACAGGCCGAAGAUGACGUGCCCGACCGGGAGCCGAACGAGGUCCGAGUAGCUUUAUUCAGGGGAAGAGGCCUGGCCAUCAAGGACAAGAAUUUAUUAAGUAAAGGGGGCACGUCCGACCCGCGCGUCCGGUUCGAGUUACUGGGAGGCCAGUUCUCCGACGAUAAGAAUGAGCGCAAAAAGCAGGAAAAGGAAAGGCAUUUCAAAUCCUCAGUGAGGAAGAAGACCUUAGAUCCCGUGUGGCGCGAGGUCUUCGCGCGGGAACUCCGCCAGCCGAAGAAAGACGAUAAGACCGAGGGAACGUGGUCCCCGCCGACGUUACGGUGCAUCUGCGAAGAUGUCGAUAAAGUGGGCAGUGCGGACUUCAUGGGCUGCGUGGACAUUGCAUUGACGCCUCUGUUAGAAAAGAGAGAGACGCUCGCGGGGUGGUAUGCGCUCGGCCCGGACCCCGACGGCAAAAGUAGCUCAAACGUGUCGGGGGAAAUCCACGUGAGUGUCCAGUGGCGCUUCGACCCGGAGCUGGACUUCGACCCUUGGUGCGUGACUCAGUGUGAUUUCCGAACUUUUCCGAACCUCAGUUGCGUCGACGCGAUGCCGCGCCGCCUCGACGCCGUCGAUGCGGCCGUCAGAGAGUCUAGACGUCUCGUGAGUGAACGGAGACAGUUUCGUGACGCCAUCGUUCGACACAGGUGUGACGAGGAGGGCGGCGACAAGCCGCCGAACGAACUGAGAAUAGCAUUAGCGAAAGGCCGGGACCUCUCGGUCAAAGACAAGCCGGUCCUGUGGGGCGAGGGCACGUCCGAUCCUAGGGUAUCUUUCUCUCUCAGUGUUCUAGGAAAUGACAAGGCCGACACCCCCCUCAAGCCGUGGCACUCGAAACCAAAAAAGAAAACAUUAAAUCCGACCUGGAACGAGACUUAUACACAUGCAUUGCCGCCGCCGGAAGAAGGGGAACCGGGCUGGGUGUUAACCGCGACGUGCGAAGAUAUCGACGGCAUGUCCUCCGCGGACUUUAUGGGUAAAGUGGACAUUGAGCUCCAAUCUUUAUUAAAGGAGCCGAAGCGACGUUCUAGAAGCUGGCACAAACUUGGUGCAGUAGAUGGCAAAUCGUCAAAUGUCACCGGAGAGCUCGACGUCAUAGUGCAGUGGCGCUACAACCCGGCUUUAGAUUUUGACCCCUGGUGCGUACCUACCCACUGUGUACGCCAUCGACGCCUUUACACACGCAGGCUCGACGAAGAGAAGGACCCGAAGCACGCCGACAAGGACCCCAAUGAAUUGAGAAUAGCCUUAGUCCAAGGACGAAGUCUCGCCGUGAAGGACAAGGCCGUGCUCUAUGGUGCCGGGUCGAGCGACCCGCGCGUGCGCUUCAAAGUAACGGGCACGAAGGACUUGCACUGCACGUCGAAGUGCAUCAAGAAAAGUUUGGACCCGUCGUGGCGCGAGACCUUUUCAUUACCACUCACGAAGGACUACGCCGAGGACGAGAAGCCGAUCGACUUCGGCAUCAACGGCCCCAUCCUCGAGGUGACGUGCGAAGACGUCGAUACGGUAUCGUCGGCGGACUUCAUGGGCGAAUUGAAUCUUCCCGUUUUCGUCCGGCGUCCUUCGUUUCUGUGUGUGUGAUCCCCUCACGAGCAGUACCGCGCUGCACGCCAUCGACGCGACGGCGCGAGAGUUCGGGGCCGCUCGUCCGCCGUCGACGCGCCAUCGCGCCGUCGUCGCGACCCGACGAUGUUAUUCCCGCGCAGCUCAACGCCGUCGAGAAGCAGCGAGUACGGAAGUGGUACGCGCUCGAGGCCGACGCCGGCGGCGAGCACAAGUCCUCGAACGUCCACGGGGAAUUGGAGCUGAUCCUCGAGUGGUGCUACAACCCCGAGCUAGAUUUCGACCCCUUUUGCGAGGAGGACAAGUACCCGGACAAGGCGCCGAACGAGGUCUGCGUCGGGUUGGGGCGCGGAAGACAUCUGGCCAUUAAGGACAAGGCGGUCUUGUAUGGGGAAGGUUCUUCCGACCCGCGCUGCACGUUACGCAUCGACGGCACGGAGCUCAAAGAAGUCUCGGCCGUAAAAAAGACGACGCUCAACCCCAUCUGGAACGAGACCUUCGCCUUCCCCUACUCUAGGGGUCCCGACGACUCGCAGCCCCCUUCGUUAGUGAUUGAGUGCGAGGACGUCGACACUAUCACAGCAGCGGACUUCAUGGGUUUGGUACGGGUCGAACUCGACCCUCUCAAAGAUCAUAAACGUCUAAAAAAGUGGCUGCCCCUGCAGGCGCGAUCAGAUGACAAGGCGUCCUCAAAUAUCUCGGGCGACCUGGAGGUCUUUGUCCGGUGGCGCUACAACCCCGAGCUCGACUUUGAUCCCUACCCCGACAGUGAAUUGAAGCCUGCCUACGAAGAUAAGGCGCCGAACGAGCUGCGGCUGGCGCUGGUGCAGGCGCGCGGGUUGGCCAUAAAAGACAAGAACCUGCUGAGCAAGGGCGGUGCGUGAUUUUGUGUCCUUGUGGGGCCUUCGAGACAUUUCUCCACGCAAUUUGCGUCGCAUCGAUGGCGUGUGAGCUCCCCGACUCGAUGCCGUCUCACGCCCCUACCCCACCGCCACGCCAUCGACGCGAUACCGCCCUGGACGCCGUCGACGCAUCAUACAACACAGGUUCCUCGGACCCCUUCGCGAAAUUCGAGGUCACCGGCGGCGACUCGACUGCGAAGAAGCCCUUCAAGUCGCAGACGAAGUACAAGACGCUCUGCCCCCGCUGGAACGAGCUGUUCCAGGUGCCGCUGAAGAAGGGCGAGGUCCAGCCUCGAUUGGAAGUUUUGCUGUACGACGAAGAUGAGGUUUCAAGUCCGGACUUCAUGGGUCGUAUUAGUAUAGAAAUCUCCGAGUUCUGCUCCACUCAAAAAGCGAGGCGGGAGUGGUUCACGUUGUUACCGGAAGAGGGCAAGUCGGAGAACGUGAAGGGUGCCGUGGAGCUCAUCGCGCAGUGGCGGUACAACCCCGCCCUUGAUUUUGAGCCGUUCCUGGAGCCGGAUGAGCAUGCGGAUGCGCCUCCCAACGAGUUGCGGGUGGCUAUUGUCGCUGCGAGGGACCUGGCGAUCAAGGACAAGAACUUGCUGUCGCGAAGGCGGUGUCUUUUUUUACGGCGCCUUCCUCCACGCCUUCCUCCGUCCUUGGUGGCGCGUUGCGCGUGCGAUGGCGUGGACUCGGUGCCGCGCCGCCUCGACGCCGUCGACGCGGCCGUCAGAGAGUCCACGCGUCUCGCGAGAGAACAACGAGGGCGAUAUUGGCGAGAGUUUGGGGCGGCUCGUACGCCAUCGACGCGACGUCCCACUGGUUCAUUUGCCCACAGGUCGAAGGGCGGCUCCUCCGACCCGCGGUGCACCCUCACGGUGUCGGGCACGGAGCUCAAGGCCCAAUCUUCCACAAAACAGAAGACGCUCGAGCCGCGGUGGUGCGAGGUGUUCAGCUUCGAGUACACGCCGGGGUCCGACAGUGAGAACCCGCCGGUCCUGGACGUGCUCGUCGAGGAUAUAGAUGCGGUGAGCAGCGCGGACUUCAUGGGCCGGGCCCGGGUUGAAUUAGAGCCGCUCAAGAAUCAGCGCCUGCGCAAGUGGUUUCCGUUGAGUGCCGAUAGUGAGGGCAAGAAGGGCUCGUCGAACGUUCGCGUCCGGCGCCGUUGUCGUCUCUUCGACUUGCGUCGAUGGCGUCGAGAGAGUGUCCGCACCGCCGCUCCCGCGGCUCCGAGCGCAUCGACCCAGCUCCAGGGUGAGAGAGCCACCUCACGCCAUCGACGCGACAGGUCGACACUCGAUACCCGCAGGUCACGGGCGACCUCGAGCUCGUGGUCCAGUGGCGCCAUAACCCCUCGUUGGCCUUCGCGCCCUUCGCGGACGCGGUCGAGGCCGUCGAGGGCAAGAAGCCCAACGAGCUGCGCGUGGCCGCGAUUCAAGCCCGUAGACUCGCAGUCAAGGACAAGAGCAUGAUGGGGAAAGGUAGUAGUGAUCCCGUCGUGACCUUCGAGCUCGGAUCCGUCAAGGCCGAAACCACUGUGAAGAAGAAGACCCUGAAUCCCACGUGGAAGGAGGCCUUCGCGAAGCCCUGCUCCGUCGACGAGGCCGGUGACUGCCAGCUCAAAGUGACAGUGGGCGACUGGGAUGCGGUAACUGCAAGGGACUUCAUGGGGUCUUGCGUCAUUGACUUGAAAGGGUGUGUCGAGGCACCGAAUCAACCGGCUUGCCGGAAGUGGUGUCUGUUGGAUUUACAGGACGAUAAGAAGACGCAGAACGUGUCGGGCGAGGUCGAGAUCUGGUACCAGUGGCGCUACAACCCGUUGCUGGACUUUGAGCCGUUUACCGACGUAGGGUCAGAUAAAGCGCCCAAUGUACUGCGAGUCGGGCUGUCCCAAGGGCGUGGUUUGGCGCUGUGUGGAAAAAUCAAAUAUUUACGGCGCGUUCCUCCUGGAUCGCCGCGUCGACCUCCGCGCCAUCGACGCUACACCUGCUCGACGGAAGCAGGGCGGCCGCGCCAUGGCCGAGAUUGAUUUUCACACAGGUUUGGCGGUGAUGGACAAAAAUCUGUUGAGCAAGGGUGGCAGUUCGGACCCUCGAUGCGUGCUGUCUCUCGUCGACGGCGACGGCGCCGUCGUCGGCAAGCCUAUUACGUCGGCGCACCAAUCCAAGACGCUGGAGCCCAAGUGGCGCGAGGUCCACGAAUUCGACGUAGAGGACGCCUCACUCACAUUCAAGUGCGUGGUCGAAGAUUACGACGCAGUCUCGUCCGCUGAUUUCAUGGGCGAAGUGCAAGUGGCGCUCUCCGAGCUGCCGCCGCAGAAGGUCGUGAGGAAGUGGUACUCCCUAGGCGAGGAGAAAGGUGAGGUCGAAGUGAUCCUGCAGUGGUGCUACGACGCGGACCGCGACUUCGAGGCGUUUCCCGAGGUUGAUGAAUCCUCCAAAAUGCCGAAUGAGCUCUGCGUCGGCGUGUUCCGAGCUCGGAAUCUGGCCGUAAAGGACAAGGGCCUCGUCGGGAAGGGCUCAAGUGACCCCUACGUCAAGCUAAAGGUCGCUGGCACCACUCUAGAGCGGCGCACGAAGGUCAAGAAGACUAGCUUGGACCCGGUCUGGAAAGAAUUGUUCAUUCUACCGCUCUCGUCCGAGCGGCCGCCGGACAAACCGACACCGGAGCUCGAGGUGUCCUGCUGGGACCACGACACCGUGAGCGGCGACGACGCCAUGGGAACGGCCACCCUAAGUCUCGAGAAGUGGACAUCACAGCAAAAAAGGACGGGCGAGAAGGUCUGGCUGCCCCUCGAAGGCGAGGGCGCGUCGGGCGACGUCUGUGUGGUCGUCUGCUGGAGGUAUGCGGAAGCCAGAGCGUUCGAGCCCUUCGAGGACGAAGCCUUGCCCGAAGGGAAAGAGCCCAACGAGCUGCGGAUCGGAUUGUUUCAGGCGACGGGCCUGGCGGUCAAGGACAAGGCCCUGCUCUGGGGCGAGGGCAGCUCGGACCCGCGCAUGACCUUCACCGUCGACGGAACCGCCCUCAAGUGCACGUCCGAGACGGUCAAGAAGAGUCUCGACCCCGUCUGGAAGCAAGUGAUGACGCUCGAGCUGCCGAAGGGGCCGGCCGGCGGUCUAAAGCUGCAGGGCAAGUGCGAAGACGUCGAUGAAGUGUCCGGCGCUGAUUUCAUGGGUCAUUUCGACUGUGAUUUGAAUGAAUGCCUCGACGGGAAGGUCAAGCGGCUCUGGCGUACGCUCCAACCCCGCACGGAGAAGGACGAGGUCUCGGGCGACGUCGAGCUCGUGCUACAGUGGCGCUACAACGCGAGACUGGACUUCUGCCCUUUUGACGGCUUUGUUGACGAGCAUGAGGGCGAGGCACCGAAUGAAUUGCGAAUCGCAUUGAUUCGGGCGCAAGGCCUCGCUAUCGCGGAUAAAAAUUUACUGUCAAAGGGGGGCAGUUCCGACCUGUGUGCAAAUCAACUGUCGCUCUCCACGCCAUCGACGCGAAACUUGCUUGAUACGUCCGUCCGCGCAGGUUCCGACCCUCGCUGCACCUUCGAGCUCACCGGCGUCGACGACCCCUGGAAAAGCCAUACCAUCAAGAAAUGCUUGGAUCCCAAGUUCCAUGAGCAGUUCGUGCGGCUGCUGGACGUGCCGGGCGACGGCUCAUCACCAUCGCUGACCGUAACUUGCGAAGACGUCGACGAAGUCUCGGGCGCGGAUUUCAUGGGUCAAUUCACCGUGGACCUCGGUCCGCUGACCGAUCACAAGCCGGUCAGGAAAUGGUACAAGCUCGAGGAAACCGAGGGUCGCAAAGGCGACGUUGCCGGCCACGUCGAGCUCUUCCUGCAAUGGGUGUACAAUCCGGUCACGGCAUUCGACCCCUUCGCGCCGUCAGAAACUGAAGGGGAGCCCAAUGAGCUUAGGAUUGGCCUCGGUCGCGCUAGAGAUCUCCCGGCCAUGGACAAGGCCCUCGUGGGCAAGUCGAGCUCGGACCCUCGAUGCACGUUUUCUGUCGCUGGUACUGCGAUCAAGCUGCAGUCUUCUACCAAGAAAUCGACGCUCACGCCGACCUGGAAAGAAACCUUUGAGGUAGCCCUACCGAAGGGGCCCCCGGAGACGAAGUGGGAACUCGUCGUAGACAUGGAGGACUGGGAUCGCGUGUCUGCCGCCGACUUCAUGGGCAGGGUGACUAUUCAAAUGGAACCGCUUGCCGACCAGGCCAUUGUGAAGGGCUGGUAUCCACUUACGCAUAAGGACGGUGGCGCCGCGAAGGGUGAGGUCUACCUUGUCCUGCAGUGGCGACGCAACCGUGACCUCGCGUUCGAGCCGUUCGAGGACCAGACCGAGGCCGAGUUUCUUGCUAAGGAGCCAAACGAGCUUCGGAUCGCUGCUGUGUCGGCGCUGGGCCUCGCCGUGGCGGAUAAAAACCUUCUAUCAAGUGGCGGCUCCUCGGACCCGUUCCUGACGUUCGCGCUGGAAGGCUCAUCGCUCAAGCCCUUCAAAACGAAGCCCAAGAAGAAAUCCUUGGACCCCGUGUGGCACGAGCAGUUUGCUCGCUCGGUCACUCCGGGCAAGGAAUCGAUGAAGCUUGUGUGCACGUGCGAGGACUGGGACGAGGUGUGGCGGCCGCGUCCGAGACACUUUAUUGACGCCAUCGACGCGAGGAUUCCCGCGCAGGUGUCCGGCUCAGAUUUUAUGGGGCAAUUCAGCGUCGACCUCGAUGAGCUGAAGGACCAGAAGGUGCUGAAGAAGUGGUUCAAGCUUGGCGAGGCCGAGGGCCGCAAGGGCGACGUGGCGGGUCACGUCUGUUUGCAUGUGCAGUGGCGCCACGAUCCAGCGAUAGCGUUCGAACCAUUCUCGGAGGACACGUCUGACAAGACUCCGAACGAAUUGCGUAUCGGCUUGUUCAAGGCCCGGGACCUCGUAAUUGCCGACAAAAACAUCCUAUCUAAGGGUGGCAGCUCGGACCCGCGCGUCAGGCUCUCCAUCGCCGGUACCGCGUGGACUGCGGCCUCGAAGGUCAUCAAAAAGUCCCUGGAGCCCGUCUGGAAGGAGACCUUCGUCGUCCCUCUGCCACAUAUUGAUCUAGACGGUUGGACGAAGCCGCAGCUGACGCUCCAGGUGCGCGUCAGCGUCCGCCGAGACGCCUUCGACGCCAUACGCUAUCGUUGCGACGCUUCACGCCAUCCGCGAACGCAGGUCGAAGACUGGGACGAGAUCUCGUCGGCGGAUGCGAUGGGCUGCGUGACUAUUGAUUUGCAGCCUGACCAUGGCAUAUCCCGAGAGUGGUACACGCUGCAGCAGAACGACAAGGGGCUACCGAAGGAAGUCUCUGGCGAGGUCAACGUCGUCAUGCAGUGGAGGUAUAAUCCUGAUUUGGACUACGAUCCAUUCAACGAGCCUGUCAUUGACGAUGAACUCAAUGAGCUCAGAGUUGCUGUGGUGCAAGCCCGAGGCCUAGCAAUCAUGGACAAGAACCUCCUGAGCAAGGGUGGGAGCAGUGACCCCUUCGUGGAAGUCUCGCUCUCAUCGGCCAAGAAGGCCAAGAAAACUGCGGUCAAGAAGAAGACUCUGGAACCAGUCUUUCAUGAGCAAUUCCUGUGGUCUGUGUCGCCAUCGUCGAGCGGCGACCAGCCCUCGCUCACGCUCAAUGUUCAAGACUGGGACGCCGUGUCCAAGAACGACCCCAUGGGCUCGGUGACGGCGCGCUUCGGAGUCAGAAACUUUAACUUUCACCUGCCCACUCCACGCCGUCGCCGCGACGUUCGUUCCCGCAGGUUGACCUCGCCACGCUCCUGCAGCGCAAGGGCGAGCCGCUCCGCAAGUGGUAUGCCCUGGACACGGGUGGCGCUAUCGAAGUCAUUGCGCAAUGGCGCCACUCGCCGACGAACGCCUGGAAGCCGUUCGCCGCCCCGAAAUUCCCCGACAAAGCACCGAACGAAUUGCGGGUCGGAUUGAGCCAGGGGCGCGAGCUGGCCGUCAAGGACAAGAAUUUGCUGUCGCAUGCGGUGCCGAAAUCAAACUUUACGGCUCUUGACUCACUGGUUGAUUUGCCCACAGGUCCAAGGGCGGCUCCUCCGAUCCGUACUGCAAGUUCUCGCUCACGGGAACCAAUGUGACCUUCCACUCGACGGUGCAAAACAAGACCGUCGAUCCAGUCUGGAGAGAGAUCUUCACACAGCCAUUACCUGAUCUCGAGCCGCUGCCGAAGCUGCGGGUCGAGUGCUUUGACCGUGACGCUGUCUCGAAGGAUGACUCGAUGGGGAGCUUCGAAGUAGACCUGGCCGAGCUGCGUAAUCAGGCCGUCUCGAAGAAGUGGUAUGCACUCGACGAGGGAGAAGUAGAGUUAAUUCUACAGUGGUACCAUGAUCCCGCGCUGGCCUUCGACCCCUUCGACGAAGUCGAGGAGGCGUCUCGGGCCAAGACUCCCAAUGAGCUCUGCGUGGUGGUGUCGCAAGGCCGAAAUCUCGUCAUCAAAGACUCGAAUAUCUUUAGUAGUGGUGGCACGUCGGACCCUCGAGCCAUCCUGAACGUCGUCGGCGGGUCGUCGGUGAAGCUCUCGCACACGACAGAGACGCUCAAGAAGACCCUCAAUCCGCGGUGGCGGGAAACCUGGUGCGUGCCGCUAACAGGGAACGGCGGGGAGACGCUGCACUGCCGCGUCGAGGACGUCGACGAGAUCUCGGCGGCGGACUUUAUGGGGAGCACUGAGGGCAUCGACCUGUCGCAGCUCAAGCCGAACACGAUCACGAGAAAGUGGUAUUCACUGCAGCCCGAGGAUCCGCUCACGAAGAAGAAGUGCAAGGGCGACGUCCACGGCGACGUCGAGCUGAUUAUCCUGUGGCGGUACAACGCGUCCCUAGAUUGGGACCCGUUCGAUCGCGAGAACAUGUCGGACGGCCCGGUCAACGAAUUACGGGUCGCCGCGUUCCGUGGCAGGAAGCUCGCUAUUCGUGACCGCAAUCUCUUCAGCGCUGGCGGAAGUAGCGAUCCGAAGCUGACCUUCGCGCUGUCGACGGCCGCCGAAGCCUCGUGGACAGGCAAGACUAAGGCCCAGAAGACCACCUUAGAUCCAAUUUGGAAAGAGCAAUACAGCAUUCCAUUAAAGCCUGAGGACUGCGGCGGCACCUGCGUGCUCGAGGUCAAGUGUGAAGAUGCCGACACCAUUUCCAGCAACGAUGCCAUGGGCUCCGUGAGCAUCGAUCUCAUGCCCUUGCAGGGCAAGACCGAGCAAAAAUGGUACGAAUUAUCUGGUGAGGGCGCUGAAGGCGCUGUCGAAUUGAUCAUUCAGUGGCGCCACGAUCCCACACGCCACGAAGCUGAAUUGGACGCCAAAGCGAGAGCCGAGGCGAAGGCCGCCGAGGACGCGAAGCGGAAGGCCCAGGAAGCGGAGCGCGAGGCCGCGGAACAGCAACGGUUGGCCGACGAAGCGGAGCGAAAACGGAAGGCUCUCGAGGAAGCGGAGGCACGCCGCAAAGCGAAGGAUGAAGAGGCGCGCCGCAAGGCGGCCGAAGAGGAGGCUCGCCUCAAGGCCCUCGCCGAAGAGAAGGAACGAAAGAGAUUGGAAGAUGAAGCUCGCCGGAAGGAGGAGCUGGAACGCCUGAGGAGGGAGCGUGAAGCUGCCGCGGCCCGCAAGAAGGAGGAGGAAGCCGAACGGAAACACGCCAAGGCCCUCGCGGACGCCGAAAACGCACGAAAGCUCGCGGAACAGAAAGCCCUUGACGACGCGGCCGCCGCGCGACGGAGAGAAGCGGCAAGGAAGCGUAGGGCAGAAUUGGAGGAAGCGGCGCGCUUGCGAAAGUCCGAGGAAGAUGCUCGCCGAGACGCCGCUCGGAAGGCUCGCGCCGAGGCCGACGCGAAACGGCAGGCGGCGGAAGCGCGGCGGCGCGACGAGGCGCGCGCGAGGCUGCGUGCUGAGGCGGAAAUGAGAGCCAAGCGCGCCGCCGCCGCGCGGGCCCGUCGGCGAGAGGCAGCCCUCAAGCUCAAGGCGGACGAAGAUGCUCGCUUCGCCGCCGACGAGGCGUACCGAGAGAAUCUCCGGCAGACACGGGCCGAGGCGCUCAGCAAGGCGACGAUCGAGCGGCAGAAGCGAGAAGCCAUCGAGGACCGCAAACGCGAGAAGGAGCUCGUCAAGGCGCUCGGCGACGGCUCGCGCAACUGGCGGCCCGACGCGUCGUCGCGCUUCGGCUCCAAGCCGGACACGCACGCAUUUCUGCCGAAGACGAAGAAGCCUGCGGAUUAGGAGUAAAGUGUUGCUCCGAGUCUACUAGCCGCGGCG